AUGAAAAUUUCGACGACAAUUCUCGCUGGAGUUUCAGCAAGUCCAUUUCUCGCUGACAGUCAAGAAGCAAAUGCAUUUUUGAGCAGAACUCGACGAGCAUGGCAGUUUUUUGAAGAGACCAAAGAUGGAAACUGGGAACGAGAAUGCAUCGAAGAGGACUGUAAUGCGAAUGAGGCGUACGAGGUUGUUGAUGAGGAAAUUCGAGGCCAGAGAUUGUAUGAUUUGGUCGUCGAUUGCAAGAAAAAAUAUCCAGCAACGGCAAAUCAGAGAAAAUGUGUUGAAAAUGGGCUACAGCCUUCCUGGGGCGAGUGGGGUGAAUGGUCGGCUUGUUCUGCUACUUGCAUCAAUCCUGUUACUGGAUCCAUGCCUUUCAGAGAAAAACGUCGAAACUGCCAACCUGGAGUAGAGUCUCUCACCUGCGAGGUCGACGAAAUGGCUCGUGGAGCAUCUUCAGUUUCCACUAGUGGCGAUAAAGGACAACUCGUACAGUCAAAAUCCGAGCCUUGCCAAGCUGAAGAAUGCAAUCCGCUGAAAUCUGACUUGGAUAUUCGCAUCAGCAAUGGAGAUACAAUCGUCGCUAGAAUGAGCUGGUUCCCGCUUAAUGGCAUCGCUGCAAAUGGAGAGCUGAAGAUUUACUGGCGAAUCAACAGUGAAGUCUUUGCCAACUACAUUGGCCAGUCCAGGCAGCUUUCCUACUAUGACUCCGCUCCAGCAUCUCUCCGAAGCCGAUCAAAAAUCACCAUCGAUGAAAAUGGACGCUGGGCGGAACUGAGAAUCAAGCAAAUGACCCCUGAAGACGAGGGAAUGAUGAUUUCGACAGAAAUUCACUACCAAGGUUAUUUCGAUGAACAAGCAGUUGUUGUUCCCUCUUCUCGACCUGAUUACUAA